UGAAGAUCCAUCAGGGACAGGUGUCGUGCAGGGACGUGCAUACAAACCACUCUAUUCCAUACAGAAAGUGCAAGUCCAAGCAAAACUCAUAUACCUAUUGGUACUGAUCAUAACCCUAACAAGGAGUAAACAGGAAGAUAUCAGAAUGCCUGAGAAGAGAGUGGCUCCCGUGAUCAACAGCCUGGAGGAGUUCGAACAGAAGCUACCUGGCUACCUGAAUAGAGACAAAAAGUUGGCAAUUCUUUUGGAUUACGAUGGCACUUUGGCACCCAUUGCGGAUAAUCCAAGCGCCACCCAUAUGACCGUGGAACUGGAAAAGACGCUCCAUAAAUUGGCCAAACAUCCGCAGAUAUUCCUGGCUGUUAUCUCGGGUCGUGGCCUGAGGGAUGUCCAGGCUCAUGUGAGCAUCGAUGGCACUACUUAUGCGGGAAAUCAUGGCCUGGAGAUCGAAUAUCCAGAUGGCUCGAGGCACGACUACGAACUGCCCGCAGAAAUCAAAAAGAACUACACGGAUAUGGUCAGAGAGCUCAAGGAAAAGGUGGAGAAGAAUGAUGCCUGGGUGGAGGAUAAGCGGGUAUCGCUCACCUAUCACUAUCGUGAUACACCUGUGGCGCUGAAGGACGAACAGAAGAAGUUGGCCACGGAGAUCUGUCUGCGUCAUGGUUUCCGGGCAAAUCAGGCCCAUGAGGCUAUUGAGGCUAAACCUCCAGUAAACUGGAACAAGGGCGAUGCUGCUCUUUACAUUCUGAAGCAGAAGUUUGGCGACACUUGGCCCAAGAAUGUGAGGGUCGUCUUUGCCGGCGAUGAUACCACCGAUGAAGAUGCCAUGAGGGCUCUCCAGGGCUUGGGUCGUUCAUUCCGCAUUGCUUCCGAUGCCAAGGUCCAGACCUUUGCAGACUUUCGAUUGCCCCAACAGGCUCUAAUGACUGAUCUUCUCAAGUGGAUAGCCCAUGUCUAUAUUUCCUAGACUUCUAUAUUUCCUGGUUUAGCUAGUUAUAUAUUAAGUGAAAUUGUAUGUACAUUUACUCGACACAUAAUGAUUUGAAAAUAUAUUUUUGAAAAGUGGA